GGGGGGGCGGGAGGGAACGGAGACACAACAAAUAUGGCGGCCGCGGCUGCGACGCUAAUAAACGCCGAGGCGGUGGCAGCGGCCAACGAGGCUGCGGGGAUUCUCCGGUGCAGCUGUCAGGAGAUAUAACAAACUUUCAACUUAAAAAAAAAAGAAAGAGAAAAGCACCAAGAUGGGUGAAAAGAAACCAGAACCUUUGGACUUUGUAAAAGAUUUCCAGGAAUACCUGACACAGCAGACGCAUCAUGUGAACAUGAUUUCGGGAUCAGUUAGUGGAGACAAAGAAGCAGAGACUCUUCAGGGAGCUGGAACAGAUGGUGAUCAAAAUGGACUUGAUCACCCAUCUGUUGAAGUUUCCCUGGAUGAAAACUCAGGAAUGUUAGUAGACGGGUUUGAAAGGACCUUCGAUGGAAAGCUCAAGUGUCGGUACUGCAACUAUGCCAGCAAAGGGACAGCCCGGCUCAUCGAGCACAUCAGGAUCCACACAGGUGAGAAACCUCACAGGUGUCACUUAUGUCCAUUUGCAUCUGCUUAUGAGCGCCAUCUGGAAGCCCACAUGCGUUCUCAUACUGGGGAGAAACCAUACAAAUGUGAAUUAUGUUCCUUCCGCUGCAGUGACCGAAGUAACCUGUCCCAUCAUCGAAGGCGCAAACACAAAAUGGUACCAAUUAAAGGUACCAGGUCUUCCUUAAGCAGCAAGAAAAUGUGGGGAGUUUUACAAAAGAAAACAAGCAAUCUGGGGUAUAGCAGAAGAGCACUAAUCAACUUAAGUCCACCUUCCAUGGUGGUCCAGAAACCAGACUACCUUAAUGACUUCACUCACGAAAUCCCAAAUAUUCAGACUGAUUCCUACGAAACCAUGGCUAAAACUACACCAACUGGUGGCCUGCCACGGGAUCCCCAAGAACUCAUGGUUGACAACCCUUUGAAUCAGCUUUCUACUUUAGCAGGACAGCUGUCCAGCUUACCACCAGAAAACCAAAACCCUGCUUCCCCUGAUGUAGUUCCCUGCCCUGAUGAAAAGCCUUUCAUGAUUCAGCAGCCCUCUGCCCAGGCAGUAGUCUCUGCUGUGUCAGCAAGUAUUCCUCAGAGCUCCUCCCCCACCAGUCCAGAACCUCGGCCAUCACAUAGUCAGAGGAACUACAGUCCAGUGGCAGGGCCAAGCAGUGAACCAAGUGCCCACACCAGUACCCCCAGCAUAGGAAACAGCCAGCCAAGCACUCCAGCUCCAACCCUGCCGGUCCAGGAUCCUCAGCUUCUACACCACUGCCAGCACUGUGAUAUGUACUUUGCAGACAAUAUCCUUUACACUAUUCACAUGGGAUGCCAUGGGUAUGAAAAUCCUUUUCAGUGUAAUAUAUGUGGAUGCAAAUGUAAAAACAAGUAUGAUUUUGCUUGUCAUUUUGCAAGAGGGCAACAUAACCAGCACUGAAUAUCAUCAACAUUGUUCUCACUUGGUUUGGCCUUUUGGGGGUUUGUAGUUUGCUCUUUAGUUUUGAUCAUCCCUAAUAAGGUAUCUGCUCACUUAAAAUUUAUACAUUCUAUUCAUAAAAUAGAAGUUUGAUAGUGAAAAGGGGUUUUGUUAACUUUUCAUAAAAGUCUGGUCAGGAUUAUUUAUGCAUUAGAUAGUCAGAUGCAUUGAUAUAUAUAUAUAAUUUUUUUUUUUCAUUUAGACCUGUAAGAGUUGAAGUACAGUUGUAAUCUUACCAGGUGUUCAGUUUUCUACACUUGUUCUUAAGGACUCCCAGGGUUAUCUGUACUCUUGAUGCUUCAGUAUAUAUAUUACAGCUAAAUAUUCUUUCUGCCAUAUUUCAGAAUGGCACAAUAAACUUCUCAUAAAAUCUUUUACAACAUUUCAGUGUUUAUAGAAAAACUGCCUUCAAGUUUGCUCUUAAUUAAAACUAUUUUUGUUCACAUAACUUAAGUUGAACUAGUUUCAUUAUAACCAAAACCAGUAGUUAUUUCAGUAUAAUAAGUCUUUUUAAGGGGAAAUAUAAAACAGUUGUUUUCAAAUUUGAAUUAUAAAAAUGAAAGUUUUGGAAGUAGAAAUUUGGGGCUAAAUUGAAAAUUGUGUUUGGUAUUUGAGAUAUCUGUUCAUUUAAUUGUCUAGUUUAAACAUGUUUUUCAUAUAUAUAAUAUAUAUAUAUAUUUGAGUAUUAUUUUAAAGCCACAGGUAAAUAUACUAGAGUGCUAGAUGCCUUUUUCAAUCUGAAUCUUUCACUUAAAUUCUCCAUUCAUUUAUUACUGGUGUGAGGUAAGAUUGACCACCAUACAGAUUUGUUCUUCCUAGUCUUUGAUGACCAAAGAGGAAGUGGAACUCAUCCUUCUUAUUAAGAUGCUUCAAAACAAUCUCCAAAGUUUCCUUUUUUGCCUUUUGUACAUUUAUAUUGCCCAUAAUGUCCAAGAAGGGUGGGAAUAGAAACCCAGAAAAAUAUGAUGAGGAAAUAGCUAUAAAACAGAGAUCAUUCCCGAACAGAUCCUGAUUUCCUCUGUAGAGUAGGCAAUGUAAAGUACUUUCUGUGAGUCUUCAUGGACAGUGACAGUGGGAUAGUCACCAUAGUGGGAAAGGAUAAGGAGUGAAAGUUAUUAUAAAGCACAUUUAAAUGUGACAUUUAAUUUGUUUAUAAUUAGAGUGGUUCAUUUUACACAGGAAGCUGUUAUUUUUGUAUUGUGUAAUAAGUAGUUUACUCUAAAGAGAGCCUGACAAAACAAUAAAACAUUGUCACUUA